AUGACUUCCUGGUUCCCCGACCCGAGACGAAUCGUUACCGGCCACAACUCAGAGGGCAAGGCCAUUGUCGUUGCCGAUAGCACUAUUCCAUGUCUUCCGACCCCCAUAGGAGCCAACUUCGCUGUGUUGUAUGAGACUCAUGAGUUUCCCGUCUCCAACGAUGAAUGGGUUGACCCAACUAAAGUCCGGACCACGGAUUUGGCAAAUGGCAAGGGAAUCGUACUCCGAGUCGUAGACAUCCCACCAAAUGUGGAGAAGGCAGGGAUGUUGUUCCAUCGAACUGAAUCACUGGACUUCGGCAUUCUAUUUAGUGGAGAAGUUAUCUGCCAUCUCGAUGAUGAUGUCGAGAUACACAUGAAGGCAGGCGACGUCUGCGUCCAGCGCGGCACAAUCCACGGAUGGACCAACAGUACAGACAAGCCUGCUCGCGUCUACUUCAUCUUAUCAGCUGCCAAACCCGUUAACAUUAAUGGUGAAUCAUUGACUGCAGCUGGCUACAAGAAGGAUGAAAUCCAGUCUGGAGGAGAAUUGAGAAACUAGAUGUUGUCGGAUAAUGUCUCUUUGGCAAGGCAAAUACUCAUAUAAUAUUUUCUUCUUGGAUAUAAAAAUUGAUUAGACAAUGGCACGGUAAGCCCAAAAAAUCUGGCUUGUGGAAUGGUGAGGCUUUGGGCAUAUACGAGGACUUUUCUUUAGCAAUAAAUACCAAAAUUGGUUCGGCAUGG